AUGCAAAAGUCACAGUUUUUGCGAAGUCAGUCCGGAGGGAAGUCUCGGUCGAUCCUCUGGGCAACUAUAGUAAUCUUAAUUGUUACCUUGUGGUUCGGCCGCCACCUCCUAUACACGACAUGGACGCUGGUUUCUCUUCGUGUUUUCUGGCACGACAACGCGCCCGAGUUCAUUCUGUCGGAAGCAAACGACAACUUUGAUGUAACCUUUGCAAACUACAGCAUACAUCAAGUUAGUGCUGAGCCGUAUAAAGAUGUUGUCCCGCCAAUCUUGCAUCACAUUGCCCUCGGGGAUAAUGACGGGCGGUGGAAAGGUCGUUGGGGAGAAGCCGUACAGAGCUGUCUGGACAUACACCCCGGAUGGGAGUCGCACAUCUGGACCGACGACAAGGCCAGCCAGUUUGUCGCCGAAAAGUUCCCCGACCUGAAGGAAUUAUGGGACAACUAUCACUAUCCAGUCGAGAGAAUUGAUGCUCUGCGCUAUAUGCUCCUCUACGCCUAUGGAGGCGUGAUCCUAGAUAUGGAUCUCAAGUGCAAGAGAGCACUGGGUCCCUUGAGGCGAUUCUCGUUUGUGGCUCCCGAGGCCCAUCCGACAGGCUUCUCCAUUGGCUUCAUGAUGGCCAGCAAGGGCAACGAAUUUGUGGGGGACAUUGUUCGAAAUCUCACCGUCUACGACAAAGAAUGGCUUGGGCUGCCGUACGCAACGGUAAUGUUCAGCACCGGUUGUCAUUUUGCCUCGGUAAUCCACGUAUACGAAUCGAAUCGAUCCGAUCUCAAGAUCCUCCCUGGGCCGUUACACAGCUUGAACGGACGAGUAUCUACACCCAUCUUCGACCACCUGGGCAGCUCAUCAUGGCACUCGUACGACGCGAAGCUGAUUGUAACAAUCGGAAGCCGAAUCAACCUCGUUUUCUUCUUUUUCGUAGGGGUUGCGCUGGCGCUGUUUUUGAGAAGAAAGUCGUUGCUGCGACGAUUUUAG